CGACCUCAUUUCAAUGAGCUGAAUGAAACAAGUACAGUUGGUGGCUUGAGCGCUGUUCUGAAAUGCUGUGGGCCAGCAGCUAUGUCUGAGCUCAGUUAUGUGAAAUUUACUGUUUUCUGAGGGGAAAAAAAGUAAUUAUCUUCAUAUGUGGAAGAUGUUAAGCAAAUUGUGUAUGUUUCUUGGUUUGAAUGUUUAUGCUAUCAUUUAUUAUUUUAGAAAGUAAACAAGAAAGAGUUAUAGAUAAACAUUAACGACAUGCCUGAAUUUUCAUUUAAUUUCUCAGUAGGAAGUAGAAAUAAGGUCAUGAAUAUGUCCUGAGAAUGUGAGGGCUGCCAAAACACACUGUAGAUGCUUUUCGGAGAAAAACAGUAGAUAUCAAAUAACUGUUGAGUCAUAAAACCCAGAUGUUGGUUACAGCUUGCAUUGGUGAGAAGUAUAUAAUCACCACCACUAUAGCUGCCCAAUGUCCAUUUCUGCUUUGAGAACUUCCCCGAAAGCCUGUUUCUAAUUUUAUGGAAACCCUUUGAAAUUUGGCACAGUUUACAAAAGUAUGUAGGAAAAAAAAAAGUCUGCCAGAGGUUUGGGCUCUGUGAAAACAGACACUGCUUUUUCCAACUCCUCUCCUAGAUCCGCUGACCAGCUCUCAGAAAAAAAGUUUGUGUUCUUUAGGAAGACUGCAGAAAAAUGAAGACCCGGCUAAAAGUACUAUUUGGUGUGGUUGUAUGUGUUUUACUUUCCUUAUUACUCAUGUGUAUUGUACUGCUUCCAUCCAAAGUUGUCACCACAGCUGAUGGUCCUAGAGCUCUUACACUGGAUGAUUACUUGAAUGGAAAUUUUCAGUAUAAAACAUAUUUUCCGUACUGGGUGUCAGAUAGUGAAUAUCUUCACCAGAAUCCAGAAGAUGAUAUUAUUCUUUUCAAUGUUGACAUGAACUACGUAACUACCAUUAUGACCAACAGCACAAUGAAACAAGUUAAUGCUUCAAAUUAUGUGAUGUCAUCAGACAAAUACUUCAUAGCUUUGGAGAGCAACUAUUCAAAGCUGUGGAGAUAUUCUUAUACUGCAUCAUACCACAUUUAUGAUCUUAUAUAUGGUGGUUUUGUAACAGAAAAUCAGCUUCCACAUAAAAUUCAGUAUAUAUCCUGGUCACCCGUUGGACAUAAAUUGGCAUAUGUUUACCAAAAUAAUAUCUAUUUGAAACAAAGUCCAAGAGAGGCACCAAUUCAGCUAACUAGUGACGGAAAAGAAAAUGAAAUAUUUAAUGGGAUACCUGAUUGGGUCUAUGAAGAGGAAAUGCUAGCGACAAAAUAUGCAUUGUGGUGGUCUCCAAGUGGAAAAUACUUAGCAUAUGUACAAUUUAAUGAUUCUGACAUACCAGUAAUUGAAUAUUCAUAUUUUGGUGAGGAACAGUACCCAAGAAAAAUAAUUAUCCCAUAUCCCAAGGCUGGUGCUAAAAAUCCUACUGUUAAAGUGUUUAUUGUAGACACUAUUAACAUUGAAGCAUUUGGUCCUAAAGAGGUUCCAGUUCCUGCAGUGAUCGCAUCAAGUGAUCAUUAUUUUACUUGGCUUACUUGGGUAACAGAUAAUCGAGUUGGUGUGCAGUGGCUAAAGAGAAUCCAGAAUUUUUCAGUCUUAGCUAUUUGUGACGUCAAAGAAAAUUCAAACACUUGGGUCUGUCCAGAGAAUCAACAGCACAUAGAGGAGAGUCAAACAGGAUGGGCAGGCGGAUUCUUUGUUUCUGCACCAUAUUUUACCUCAGACAGCAGUUCAUACUACAAAAUUUUUAGUGACAAAAAUGGUUAUAAGCACAUACAUUACAUCAAUGGUUCUGUGGAGAAUGCAAUCCAAAUUACAAGUGGAGAAUGGGAGGCAAUUUAUAUUUUUAGAGUAACAAAUGAUGCAAUUUUCUACUCAAGCAAUGAAUUUGAAGGCUAUCCAGGAAGAAGAAAUAUUUACAAAAUUAGUAUUGGGAGUAAGCCUAUCAGAAAACUGUGCAUUACUUGCAAUUUACGGAAAGAGAGAUGCCAGUAUUAUACAGCGAGGUUCAGUGAGCGCUCUAAGUAUUAUGCCUUGAUCUGUUAUGGUCCUGGGAUUCCUAUUUCUACUCUUUUUGAGAAUGAGAGUGAUAGAGAGCUCAGAAUAUUAGAAGACAAUCAGGAAUUGCAGUCUGCUUUGCAAGAGAUCAUACUGCCAAAAGAAGAAAUUAAUAAACUUGAAGUGGAUGGUAUAACUUUGUGGUACAAAAUGCUUAUACCUCCACAAUUUGAUAGAUCCAAGAAGUACCCACUGCUUAUUCAAGUGUAUGGAGGACCAUGCAGUCAGAAUGUAAAACACACAUUUAGCAUUAGCUGGAUAACCUAUCUUGCAAGCAAAGAGGGAAUUAUUGUUGCUUUAGUAGAUGGCAGAGGAACAGCUUAUCAAGGUGACAAGAUUUUGCAUGCAGUUUAUCGAAGACUAGGAGUCUAUGAAGUUGAGGACCAAAUUUCAGCAGUGAAGAAAUUCAUAGAAAUGGGUUUUAUUGAUGAGAAACGAAUAGCAAUAUGGGGCUGGUCCUAUGGUGGAUAUGUAACUUCUCUGGCACUUGGAUCUGGCAGUGGAGUAUUUAAAUGUGGAAUAGCUGUGGCUCCUGUUUCCAGCUGGGAAUAUUAUGCAUCUAUCUACACAGAACGAUUUAUGGGUCUUCCUGUAGAGUCCGAUAAUCUUGAGCACUAUAAGAACUCAACUGUAAUGGCAAGAGCAAAGAAUUUCCAAAACGUUGAGUAUCUUCUCAUUCAUGGAACAGCAGAUGAUAACGUACAUUUUCAGAACUCAGCACAAAUUGCAAAAGCUCUGGUUAAUGCACAGGUGGAUUUUCAGGCAAUGUGGUACACUGACCAGAAUCAUGGAAUUCCUGGACUUUCCAGCAAACAUCUCUACACACAUAUGACCCACUUCCUCAAACAAUGUUUUUCUUUGUCAGAAUAGGUAGGCUACUCAGAGAAUGCUAAGCCAUCUGGUAUAUCUCUGAGAGAAUCCCAAAAUAGCAGUGCCCAGGUUGUAUCAUGUUCAGGUAAAUUAAUAUCAGGAUCUUUGAAGUUUAUAAUUUGAUAUUUGCAUCCAUUUUUGAGAUUGUAUAUUAGCAGGUGUUAUGUUAAUACAUGUUUUGGCACAUUUAACACCUGUUUGGCAGCAAAAAAUAAAAUCGGAAUAUAACACGGCAUGUGCAUUUAUUGCCAUCUCGCUUAAACUACAUUCUGCAUUCCAAAGAUACAUGGUCCAUUGCAAAGGCAUACUGCUAAAUGAAUAUAAUUACAUUUGUUAACUAUAACUGUAAAAUGGGCAGGGACAAAGAAGUGCAAGUAACUAAUUAACAUCCUAACAAGAACUAGUUUCUUAAAAUUUAUGUAUAAUUCCAGUUUCUUGGAAAGAAUCCAGACAGGAACAUAAUAUUUGAAGCUGUAGUAUGGAUGGUUAUUGAACACUCUAUUCAAAUUACAUUCAGCUUUUUUUUAAAGUCCUUGUUAUGCAAAAAGCAGUAUUCAGGUUUAAAUAUGGAAGCAGGACAUUCACAAUAUCUAUUUUAUCUCAGUGGGUUUUUUUCUGUCUGAUUUGAGAAUAUGUUAGACAUUUCAAUGUGUUUUUACUCAUCACUUCAACGUUUACAUUAAUUUUAAUGUCAUUCAUUCGAGAUUUGUGGGGAAGGAAUCAAAGGAAUAUGCAGGCUUUUUUGUUUAGUUUCCACUUAAACUAUUUUAGAGCAUCCUGUAAAAAGUCUAGAUAAAUAAUAACUGAAUCACAUAUAUUCUUUUAAUUGGUAAUUGAAUGAGUCCAGUCCUAAUGUAAGAAUAUGAGCAAGAAAAUUGGCAGAUCUAUUUUAGAUGGUCACAUGUUUAAAAAAUUCUGAAUUAGCCGACUGCAUAAGAACUGUUAUCUGUCUAACGCAGUAUCUCAGCUUUGCUAUUAGCAAGUAAGUUCAAAAUAACCUGAGAAAAUUGUGGAGUAGAAUUCCCAGCAAAAACAAAACAAAACAAAACAAAAAAUCAAGCUGCUUUCCAACUCCAAAAGACUAGUUGUUGCUUGUGGAACAAGCACGAAUAGAGUUGUGGCAUUUAAUUUGACCCUUGACAAAAACAUGGGGUUUAGCCAAAAUCAUUAAAAUGUAGAAGUGAUUUGCUAUGUAAUGACUUCCUUCAUUUUGUUAAUGGCAAUAUCAAAUCUGAUUUUCUGCACAUGAGAACAUUUCUUAGACAUCUUUAUGUAAAUGUAGUUACCAAGCUGUUUGUAAUGGUUAAAUUACACUUUGAUAGGAACUCUUCAGAAAAUACUCAAUUAGUUCAGGUUUUGUUGCCAAUUACAUGAUGUUAAUGAGCGUCUUGUUAGUAAUGUAAUUAAAAUGCAACUGCUAUAAUGGUUAAAGGAAAAAAUUACAGCUCUAAGAAAGUUAAUGUUAAGCAAAUAUAACAUAAAGUAGGGCUAAUUAGACGUUGAUUAUAUGGUUCUAUGUGCAUUUGCUGUAAACACAAAUACUGUCAGCAAUGUGAUUAUUCUACAAAUAAGGAAUACAAUUCAGCUGAAAUUACUGAGAUUUUACUAUCAUUUUUUCUGUAUUGAUACAACCUCACAAAAACGACUGCAAUUUUUUCUGUGAAAGAGAAUAAAAUCAGGGUCUUGCAACAGAUGUUUAAAGGUUUUAGAUACCUGAAUAAGUCAGUAGGAACCCAGAUCCAACCCAGAUAUCAAGCUCAUAUUAAUCAUUAAGUUUUCUGAUUCUGCAGCUUUAUACUUUAUUUAUAUUUUUUGAAAAUCCUACACGCCUUAGAAAUUUGACCAGAUAAACCAGCCCCUUGUGGAUACUAUAAGUAAUAAUGUAAUACAAUGCACUGUUUACACUUUGACCAUAGGUCUGUAGUCAAAAGCUUCUGGAGUUACUUGAGAUAAGUGACGUAUGUGAGACAGAAGGUGCCUUUUUUUCCCCAAAGGAUGUACUAGCUUUUACAUUCUUUAUUUGCCCGUAUGUCUGUUUUACUUUGUGAGGGGAAAGGGAACACAUCUUCUAAACUGUCCACCAUUUACCUGGGUUUAUGGGAAGCAUUUGUGGGGAUAAACCAUGAAAACUUUAUUUUUUUUUUAAAGUGCACCAUGCUGCUGUCACUUUUGCUUUACUGUUUUUCAUAUUGUUAUUUUAUUUACUUUAUAGAGUGCUCUUGAACCUGAAAGCUUUUAGACUGGGCAACCAUGUAUUUUGAUGACCUGGGGAAAAUGUUCUAGAAUGCUGUGAACGUCAAAAAAUUUCAAGCAUAAAUAACAUAUUAAAGUAGCUUGCCUAUACUAAUAGCAGGUAACAAUGCAAUCAUUCAUUAGAAACGAUCCAGAGCACUUCUAACCAGCCACUGCAGAAUCAUAUGAUGAUUGAAGUUGGAAGAGUCUUCUUGUCCCACCAAGACUGAUUCAGUGGCUCAAGCACAGCCACCUAGAACAUGUUGUUCAGGACCACGUCCAGAUACCUUUUGAACAUCUCUAAGGAUGGAGACUCCACAAUUUCUUUGAGCAACUUUGCCAGUGCUCAGUCACCUGCACAGUAAAGCUGUUGUGCCAGACAGAACACCUGUUUUUAAUUUGUGCACAUUGCCUCUCAUCCUCGCACUGAUCACAGCUGAAAAGAGCCUGGCAUCAUCUUCUUUACACCUCCCUUUCAGAUGUUUAUAUAUAUUCCUAAGAUCCAUACCCCAAUUCUCCUUUUCUCAAGAAAAAGUCCUUUUCCUUUCUGCUUUGCUUUCCAAUCCAAUCACAAUCCAUGUAAAACCAUCAUCAAAGACACUUUCUAGGACAAUUAUUUGCCCCAUUCCUUCUCCUUAGUUGAGCCUACAAUAUUUAACUACAGUUCUAUAACAGAAUUUCAAUAUAGUUCAAGGUGAAAGGGCUUGUCUUGUGGAAUCAAGCUGAAGCUAAGAAAAAUAUAUUUGAGAGUUGGUCUUACACAUGAAAAACAAUUAUGUGUCUACAUUGCAAACAUAGAAUAUGGUAUGUAAAAGCCAACUGCAGAACAACUUACUUUAAAAUUAAAAAAUGGUAGCUUCUCCAAAUUGGUGAGAGUCCUUAAAGAUUUACUUCUCACCUUAGACCAUUUUAGAAGACCAGUUUUCAGAAAAUGUUGAGUAAUCCACAUUUUCUUUUCCCCUUUGAGUAAGAAUCUCACACUUGAGAUGUCACCUCCAACAGUGAAACUUAGUCUUCAAGUCUGUCAUGUAAAUGACAUAUACUAAACACCAAAGUUGGGGUACUGAUAUUUGCUCUGAAUGAAGAAAUCGACACAGAUAGAGUUGUUUGCGAGUCUGUUUUCCCUAAAAAUCCUGCAUAACUUUUACAAAAUACACAGCUGAAAAGCAAUAGCUGCUUUGUUAUAGGAGAUGGACUGUACAUAAACUAUAGCAAAUCCACUGGUUCCACUACUAAUCAUUCUCUGACCUCCAUUUUCAUCAUCUUCCCCCUUACUGCUGCUUCACAUAUGAAUCAAUGAGCAAUAUUAUGCAGUAUC